AUGCCUGUGCGCAACUGCUUCUCGAGCCCGCACACGCGGGCGCGGCAGACGGCGGAGCUGGUGUGCGACAGCCCCGUCUUCAUGGAUAGCCUGAGGGAGUGCGACCUGGGAUGGUUCCAAGGCAUGCGCAACGAUGACAUCAUGCGGCAGCACCCAGAUGUCUACAGGGUGUGGCGAGAGGAGCCGGAGCACUUUUGCCUCGAGGGCCGCUACCCAGUGCGGGACGCAUUCAGGCAGGCGCAGCGGGCGUGGGCAGACAUGCUGUCCCAGGAGGGCCACGUGCACCUGGUCAUCACCCACAAGUCCAUCCUGCGCGCGAUGCUCUGCACCGCGAUGGGCCUGCCGCCGUCCAAGUUCAGCCACGAGCGCGGCGUCAACCUGAGCGCCCUCAACCUGACCAGCCACCUGCAGCUGGAGGGCGUGAGGUACAGGGUGCCCAAGGUCAGCCGCAACGACGGCCUGCUGGCCAGGGGGUAG